AUGGACCUUCAGCAGCUGCCACAGCUGGAGUCUCUAUGCGAACGGCUCUACACCGCCCAGAGCCAAGCGGAGCGCACGCAAAUAGAGCAGAUGCUGGGCGUGUUCGGGCAGUCAACGGAGCAUGUCCCUGCGCUGAAGGCUAUCCUGGAUAAUUCCAGGUCGCCGUACGCGCAGCUGUUGGCCUCGUCUAGCCUUACUAAGCUGCUGGCGGAGCACUCGCUAAACCCCUCCGUGCGUACGGACAUGAAGAACUACUUCCUGCAAUACCUGGAUAGCAACUGUGCCACGUUGGAACAUUUCGUGUGUUCUUCGCUGGUGACGUUGCUGUGUCGUACCGCCAAGCUGGGCUGGUUCGAUUCGGACUCGCACCGGGCCAUUGUGGAGGACGCCAAGCGCUUCCUGGAGAAGGGCACUCCGGCGCACUACCUGGUGGGCCUGCGCAUCCUCAACACCAUUGUGCAGGAGAUGAAUCAGGCCACACCGGGAAGGACGCUGACUCAGCAUCGGAAGGCGGCGGUGAACUUCCGGGACACGGCAUUGCUGCGAGCGUUCCAGGUGAGCUACCUAAGUUCCGCGGCUCGUGGGUUUGCGGCUUGUGGGGGCUUGAACCUGGCGCUGGCGUGUUUAUCAUUCGACUUCGUGGGCACGUGCUUGGACGAGUCUUCGGAGGAGUUGUGCACCAUCCAGGUUCCCUCCUCCUGGCGCCCGGCCGUCGAGGACCCGGCAACACUGCAGCAGCUUUUUCUGGACUUGUACUCCUCCUGCCAGCCGCCGUUGUCCUCCACUUCCCUGGAAUGCAUGGUACGACUGGCUGGUGUACGACGAAGCCUUUUCACGUCGGAAGGAGAGCGCCUCAGGUUCCUCAAUCGGCUGGUGGCGGCCACUCGCUCCAUCCUCGAUCCCGCAGCCCGGGGCCGACUGGCACAACAUGACAACUUCCACGGCUUGUGUAGACUGUUGGGGAGGUUAAAAACCAACUACCAACUGAGCGAACUGGUUUCCGUUGACAGUUACAACGACUGGAUCCAAUCUGUAGCUCAGUUAACCAUCUACGCGCUACAGCAGUGGGAAUGGGCCGGCAGUAGCUGCUACUACCUGCUUGGGCUGUGGAGCAGACUGGUGUCGUCCAUGCCGUACCUCAAGGGCGACUCGCCGUCGCUGCUGGAGGGCAACGUGCCCAACAUCACGCAGGCCUAUGUCACCUCGAGGCUGGAAUCCGUGCAGCGAUGUGCCGCUAACCCCUCCUUGGACGACAUGUUGGACACAGAAGACGCCCUGUCAGAGCAGCUUGACGCGCUGCCGUACUUGAUGCGGUACCAGUACGACAGGAGCGCGCAGUACUUGACGUCGCUGAUGGACCCUGCAUGCGAUUAUUACAAGCAGGCCUCCCAGCAGCCGCUGCCGGGGCCGCAGUUAUCGUUAUUGGAGGGGCAGCUGACGUGGCUUGUGUACAUUACGGGGGCGGUUAUCAAGGGCCGCUUGGCGACUAGUACAAAUGCGGAUAGCCAGGAGGCCCUCGACGGCGACCUGGCUUCCCGUGUGUUCGCGCUGCUGCGUGCGGCGGAUGAGGGGCUGCACACGAGCCGUUACGGCGAGCGGUCGCGUCAGCGGUUGGAUGUGGCGUUUUUGCACUUCCUGCAGUGCUUCCGGAAGGUGUACAUCGGGGAGCAGGUCAUGCACAGCAGCAAGGUGUACACGCGGCUAGCUGAGAGGCUAGGAUUGGAGGACCACGCGGCAGUGCUUUCAGUCAUGCUGGCAAAGAUUGGCACCAACCUCCGAGUGUACGGCGCCAGCGAGGAGCUCGUACAUCUGAGUCUAGUGCUUUUCCAGGAGCUCGCCGCGGGCUACAUGUCUGGCAAGCUGCUCAUGAAGCUCGACGCCGUGUCUCAGCUGCUGGUAGCCCACACCUCCGAGCACUACGCCUUCCUGGAUGCGCCGGGUAAUGGUCGCAACCGCACCACCUACUACGCGACACUGGCGCGACUGCUGUUCAUGGAAGACACGCCGGCACGGUUUCGGGCCUUCGUGACGCCGCUUCAUCAGCUGGGCCAGACGGUGGCUGCAGCGCCCUCCGUAGCGGCCCUGCGCCAGGCUGUCCCCGUCGCUCGCGUUGCGGGACUGUUCCGGGACCUGCGGGGUAUUGCCUCCGCCACCGCUACUCGCCGUACGUACGGCUUCAUGUUCGAGUGGCUUUACCCGCAGCAUAUGCCCACGGUGCUGAAAUGCUUGGAGGCCUGGUCCGACGUGCCCGCACUGACCACCCCGCUUCUCAAAUUCAUUGCGGAGUUCUGUUUCAACAAGAGCCAGCGCCUCACCUUCGACAGCUCCUCCCCCAACGGCAUCUUGUUGUUCAGGGAAGUGAGCAAGGUGGUCGUAACUUACGCCAACAGGCCCGCCGGCGCCACGGGUGGCUCGGCGGUGUACGACACGCGGUACAAGGGCAUUUGGGUUUGUCUUCUGGCGCUGGCACGAGCCAUGAGCGGCAAUUACGUCAACUUCGGCGUGUUUGAGUUGUACGGCGAUCCGGCUCUCAAGGACGCCCUGGAAGCAGCUCUCCGCAUGGUGCUGUCGGUGCCCCUGGCGGACCUGCUGGCGUUCCGCAAGCUAGCCAAGGCCUAUUUCGCACUCAUGGAGGUCCUAGCUGCGGGUCAUGCCAGUGUGGUGGCGGCUCAGGACACCCGUACCUUCGUGUUCCUCAUGUCCUCCUUGGAGAUGGGGCUCAAGUCGCUCGACGUGUCCGUGUCGUCCUCCUGCGCCUCCGCAGUGGACAACAUGGCCUCGUUCUUCUGGCGCCACGUGGCCUCAGCAGCGGCAGGCCACCCAGAGACCUCCGUCGCCCAGCACCCGAACAUCUUCCCCGAGCUGCUUCGCGCACUGUUCGAGAUCGUCAUGUUCGAGGAGUGCUCCAAUCAGUGGUCUCUGUCCCGACCCAUGCUGGCACUGGUGCUCAUAAACGGAUCCAUGUACAAUGACAUCAAGGCCGGCCUAAUUGCCUCUCAGCCCCCAGAGCGUCAGGCACAUCUGGCCAGUUGCCUGAACAAGCUCAUGGUGGAUGUGGCGCCGUCUCUGGAUCCCAAGAACAAGGACCGCUUCACACAGAACCUCACGGUCCUGCGCCACGAGUACAGGUCCAAGACCUAA